AUGAAAGACAAUUUGAACUACCUAAUCUGUAUUUUAGUUCUUGUAUUCACCAUUUUUAUUUGGAUAUGUCAUUAUAAUGAUAACGCAAUAAACUGCGAUAAAUCAUUGUAUGAUAGAUGUAAGCUAUAUGGGGAUUUUACUUUAACAAUUAAUAGAUUACUACUAGAGGAUUCAAUGAAUGUAAAAUCAUCUAAAGGUCUUUUUGGUAAAAAAGAGAAAAUCAAAUUAUUACGUAAAUAUAAAGAUAUAUCUUAUAAGGAUGACCAUGUAUCUGAAAGUAAAAAAUUAAAAGAAAGUUCAUUAAAUACAGAAGGGGACAGAAUAACUAAGAAAAAACAGACAUCUUUACUUAAAAAAAUAGAUAUAUUAUUUGAAAACAAAAUAUUCAAUCUAUUAGAUUCUAUAUAUAAAAUUAAGUAUAACAGAAAAAUUAGUAAAAAGGUUGCAUAUAUAAAGAUAUGUGGGAAGAUAGGUUUAGCAGUUAUUUCACUUUUUUCAAUUUUGUUUGUAGGGUUAGUUAUAGUUUUAUUAUUAUGUUUUAUAUUUUUUAUGGGUGUAUCGAAAAAUAAUUCAGAGGCUUCAGGAGUAUGGGCUUUUGUAGCAAUAGUAUUAUAUUCGUUAUUUUUAAUAUGUGCUACAUCUUUUAUUGUAUUAUGUAUUAUCUAUACAUUGACUAUAAUUGUAAGAUAUCAUAUUAUAAAGAAAACAAAUUCUAAAAUAUGCUAUCAGUAG